AUGGUUCUCGGUAUUCUGCAGGCUGUCGUUUCGAAUUACUUCCCAACACAGUUUGCCCUGCACAUUGCUGGUGGCAUCGUCGUUGCCUUGUUCAUCCGAGCUUUCUCGCAAGGGAGAAGGACGAACCGGGAAAGAGACCUCCAUGCCCGGACAAUCUUGGUAACGGGAGGGUUCACGCCUCUUGGUCUUACUUUGCUGCAAAGUCUCGCCCAACGCGGUGCACAUAUCAUCGCUCUUUCCCCCGACCCCAUAGAUUCCGCCAACGUUACAAUCCUCAUCAGCCUUCUUCGCACAACUACUUCCAACGAGCAGAUAUUUGCUGAACACUGCGACCUCACGUCUCCGUCCUCUGUGCGGUCAUUCUGCACCAAAUUCCUCACCGGUAAAGAGCAACGGCUGGACGCGAUUCUCUUCGCGCAUGAAUACAAACACAUUGGAUCUCCGAAUAUCUUUUCCACUAGCUCAGUCGAUGUCGAUCAGAAAACAAGAGACUCAGGCUCUCUUACCACCUUCCUGAUUUCCACGUUGCUGUUACCUGCACUGUUAGUUGCACCAGUAGAAAGAGACAUCCGGAUUAUCAACGUUGUAAAUCCCUUCUACGCUGCAGCCGCAGGAGUUCCUUUCUCCCCUUCAUUUUCCUAUGAACUAUCGUCGCCCACAUCCAGCUCUUUGUUCCUGCGUGAAGGACAUCGAUCCUUGCGAACAGUUGUUUUUACUCGACAUCUUCAGCGCGUCCUCGACGCUUUGCCCACCGCUACGCAAGUGCCACGUACUGAAGAGGGCACCAGCGCCGUCCCCGUUGUAAAUUCCAGGGUGCAGAAGUCGAAUAUCACCACCGCCAGCGUCUCUCCUGGUAUCAGCCGAGUCGACACCAUUUCCCCAUUGUUGAACGCAGAUUGGACCUCCUCGUUUGGAUACUCGUAUCUAGGAAUGAUCUUAUAUCUGACAUUCCAGCCUUUACUUCGUCUUUUCACGAAGUCUCCAACAGCUGCCAUGCAAACGAUUCUGCAUGCCCUCUUUCUGCCCACGCCAUUCAAGGUCCUUGCUCAAGCUACUCCGGGCACGACUGAAAAGAAGGAUACUAAAUCACAAGGACCUAUCGAAGCCUCACACCUCGAAAUGCCUGAAGAAGUGUUACGACCUGGGUCGCUAUACGCGGAUUGCGCCGUUGUCCAAGUCAAGGUCAAAAUGCCUGACGAGCUGCUAGAGGAAAAACACAGCCGUCAAGAUGUUAAGACACACCCGAAAGACAGCGGGAAGGCCAAGGGUAAACCAUCUUUGCAAGAGGAAGUAUUGGAGAUCGCUGACGAUGGAGAGUAUGGUGGGGAGCUUGGAGGUCGGUUGGUUUGGGAAGCUUGUGAGAGGGCUCUGAAGAUAUGGGAGAAGGAAAACCCUGGUCCACCACCGGAAGAAACCCCCAGACCCCAGAGUAAUCCUCAAGCAACAGCAACAAGGCCACUGGAAUCUGUGAAGGAAGAAGAGCCGGAGUCGGUAUAUUGA